AUGGACCCGUUCCGUCUUCGUGGAAGCUCGCGUGAAAUAGCAAGCAUUACCUCGACACCAACUACUCAGCUCUACAGAUUGCACCUUCUUUCAUCGGAGCCGGCCAGCCUCCGUCGCACCCCAUCGCAAUCGAUCAUCCAACGCCGUCGCCUGUUGAAUGGGCACAAUCUCAAGACUACCGGCCUAGGGACUUAUUCCUACUUCUAG